AUGCUUCGAUUGAGGAGCCAAGUCAUAUGCCGCCUUGGUCCGCACUCCAUUCGCCCAUCAUGUCUACUCGCUAGGCCAGCGGCAUCCGGCUUCGAUCCCAGCAUUGCCGCGGCUGGGAAUCGUCUACACAAUGGCAGGACUUACGCGACGAAACGCGCGAAACGCGCAACGUCUCCUGAUACGACCGAGACCGAACCCGUACCUGAGCCAGAACCAAAAUCUGAGCCCGAGCCCGAGCCCAAACCCUCAGAGCCUGCCCCAUCAGCGCCUUCACCCCCGGAGACUGCAGGACCCAAGGCCACCGUCGAGAAGGUCAAGCUAAAGAAGGUCAGACAAACGAAGACGGUCCCCCAGAAGCGACAGCCUGAGUAUCUGCGGCCGCUGGACAUCCUCCAGGGCACGCUCGCCGCCCUCAGGAAUGUCAUUGAUCUGCAAUCCGACAAGAUUGGGCAACUCAUGAUGCAGGGCGAUCGCCGCCAUCGACCUCAGCUGAACUCCGCCGACACUGGGAUGUCAAGCGAGAGCUCUACGAGGCGCUACACGAGGCGUAAACCGCCCGCAGACGACGAGAAAGCAAGACGCAGCACUACGAGCCGCAAAUGGCAUCCCUCUCGAAAGCCCUCUUCUCCUCGGACAAAGGAAGGCCGCACUCGCCCGCAAGAAGAUCAGGCGUCUUCCAUCCAAUCGUCCGAUGCCGCACAAUCCCAGAGAGAGGGUAGGCUUGGGAAACCACUAGAGAUUUCCCAGGUGGACUCCAGUGAUCUGGAAUUGGUUCCCAUUGAGAAGCAUCAGCCGCCGGUGCCGCCAGUCUCAUAUGGGUUGGACAGGGUCUUGUUCAAUCCUGGCGUCUAUCACUUGCAAGAUCCCCGGUCCAGGGUCUUCAACUUUGACCCAUACCUGGCCAGAAUCAUGCCGAUUGAGGACUUCGACUUCGAUGCUCUGAAGCAAUACGUAACCUCGUCCAAGGAUGAGACUCUCAUGUCUGUGGCUCGCGAAUACAAGAAGAAGUACACGGGUUCCACAUCCAGCAUGACUUCCAUGUUGUCACAUUUUCACUAUCUCCUGUCGGCCUGGCGCCCGCUCAACUCCCAAAUGUUGACAAAGGACUUCGAUGCGCCCUCCAACAGCUUCACGAGGCUGCUGAAAGGUCCUUCUGCCGUCUUUUUACACUGGAAAGACGGGGUAUACGCCAUUGAUGCCGACAAGGAGUUCGACUCGGCCACCAUUCUCAGCACGCUGGGCAAGUCCAUGGAGAAAUUGUUGACACUUCCGAAAGAGGAAUACGAGCGGUAUCGGCAUGUCAACUCCGAUCAGAUAUCAGAGGCGGAGCGCAAUGCCGCCGAGGCCUACCAUUACACAGGGCUCGGCGACUUUAUGAUGCGUUCACAACUGGACGCCCACGACCCGAGAAUUCCGGGCACCGGCAUGUUCGAUAUCAAGACACGAGCUGUCAUCUCAAUCCGCAUGGACUCGAAAGAGUUCCAUAAGGGGGUUGGCUACGAAAUUCGACGCAGACAUGGCAACUGGGAAUCGUAUGAACGGGAAUACCAUGACAUGAUCCGGUCUGCUUUUAUGAAGUAUUCACUUCAGGUGCGAAUGGGUAGGAUGGAUGGUAUCUUCGUUGCCUACCACAACACCAGGCGGAUAUUCGGGUUUCAGUACAUCCCAUUGGAGGAGAUGGAUCUCGCGUUGCACGGCACCGAAGACCUUACUCUGGGUGACAAGGAGUUCAAGCUCAGUCUUUCUCUGCUCAACAACGUGCUAGAUCGUGCGUCCAAGAAGUUCCCAAAACAAAGCCUACGUCUUCAUUUUGAGACCAGACCGUCGACCAGAGCCCCGUUCAUGUACAUCUUUGCAAAACCCGUCACUCCUGGCGAGGCCGAAGCCGUCCAAAACGCGAACAAGGCCUCUGUGGAAGCCUUUGAGAGGCGAUUUCUCCGCCGCAAGAAAGAUGGCAGUGGGGCAAUGGCUACGCCUGAGAGCGACGCCGAAAUGGGAGAGAACGCAGUGAUUGAGGAGAUGGCUGAGGCAGAAAAAAAUUCUUUGGCUGAGGAGGAUAACCGUGAUGCGAGCGAAUCAGCUGAACUUCAAGAGCAAAGUGAUGCGACUAGCUCAUGGGAAGAGAUCCAGUCCAUGGUUGAAGAGGCCAUGGAGGACGAGGAGCUCGGGGUGGGCGCGGUGCGAGAGGCCAUCGAAGGCGCACUUGAAGACAGCGGCUUGCUGGAGGCGCUGCACCCAGAAGAAGCUCGUGAAUACGUGCACGCAGUUCUUAGCGCAGUCACCAGCGGCCCAGUUGAGACCUCGGCAGGAACAACGACAGAUGCUUCUCAGGUGUCGGAGUCGAAUGCUGAAGGCGCCGAAGUUGUUGAUGCACCUGAGCCGGGCAUCCGCAUCCCAGAUUCUGACCGUCAGAGCCAGGUAACGCACCUGGAGACUGGAUCUGAGGAUGCAGGCGUGCGUACCGGGUCCUUACUUGAGACAUCUAUACCGCAGAAAGAGCAAGAAGAGGAAUCUGAGCUCGAAGAUGACAAGAACGAGAUAUCUACGAGCCCAAACAUGUCCACACUCAGGAAUCUCAUUUUACGAAUGACACGCAAGGUCGAUGGCCAGUCUUCAGUCACGGAGCAGCUAAAUGCCAAGGAUUCCUCGAGACUCGAAGAAUUCGAAAGAAUCCUGACCAAGUUGGUGGCGGAGUCGCGAGAGGACUCGGGGAAGCAAGAGGCUGUCGAGUCAGGCGACACAAGCCCGGCUUCUGGGGUUGAUGACGAUUCACCCCCGACCACAACUUCCUCUGGUGAACCAGCGGAGUCGCUCACACGUGCUGCGACUGAAGCCGCAGAAGCCGAGUCUCAGGAGGAGCCUGAGGAGCUUUUUGGCAUGGUUUUAACCAUUCGCAACAAGGUCAACGGAACUUAUGUCGAAAGGCCAGAGAAGCUGAGCGAGGACGACAACUGGAACGUCGAAUACACCAUUACGGAGUUAGCAGACAAGCAGGCUCAUAAUCUGUACAAAAUGUGCAAGAGACGGCGUGCGGGGACCUUCCAACAAGCUGCUUCUGGUCGCAGCUCGGCCUGGAAAACAUCGUUUGACGGUUCACUUGCAAAGUACAGCCAAGCAGGUCGUGAAUUUCGAGAGGACGAGGACAGACGGGCUAGAGAUCAGCCUGUUCACAUAAUGGGAGAGAGGCAACCGAAACCGUACCACAUGGUGUUUGGGUCUUCCAACCAAGAUUAG